UGGCCCGGUUGCAGACAAAUGAUGUUUGUUCUUCUCAUGCUGAUGUUAUCAGGAGUUUCAGAUGGAAAAAAUUGUAUUUAUGAUGCUACCGAGUCCAUUGCAUGCCAUGGAGUACAAGGAGAACCUCUUUAUCUACAGGUGAUGCCUAAUGCCACUGGAUAUCACCUGGGUUUAAAGGAAAUAACCCAGAAUGGCAAAAGAGCAAUUUUUAGAUAUAGAAGAAACCAGAUUCAGUUCUUCAGUGAAUCCUUCAAUUCGUCUAUGGACUUUACUGCUAUGAACGGGACUAUAUCUAUAAAUCCAGCAACAAAAGCAGACUCAGGAACAUAUCAAGUAGAGAUUCUCAAUGAUGAAACAGGGGUAAAUGUGGCUAUCAUCACAAUUCAGAUUAUUAUUCAAGAUGCACUCAGCACUGUGACAUACACUAACAAAAUGAUUACUGUCAAUGACAACCCAAAGAUGGAGACAUCUGUUUACAUGAUUAUAGGAUCAGCUUGUCUUGGCGUGAUGCUGCUGUGUGGGGCUGUGGGAGUGCUCUAUGUCUGCCAGAGGAAAACGCACGCACACACACCAGCUGAGACCAUUGACCUGGUGUAUGCUGAUGUAUCUGUGCUGAAAAGAAAGAAGAAGCAACCAGAAAGGGAGAGUUGCAAAGAGGAGAAGGACCUUACGGAACUCGAGGACACAGUUCAUUCUGAUCUGUCUGUGCUGAAAAGACAGAAAAAGCAACCAGAAAAGGAGCGUUGCAAAGAGGAGCGGAACUUUACGGAGCUAGAGGACACUGUUUAUGCUGAUGUUCGGCAUGUAGAGUGAGCGAGGAUUGGGUGGUCUUCCAUGCACGGUCUUGGCUCAGGUUAAGUCUCUGCUUUCCUUAUGGAAUAACUGCAUUGCUACAUUUCAAACAUGACCAUGCAAUUCAUUCUGUUGCAGCUUUGUUUUUUUAAACAACCUAUAUUAUUUUUCAGAUAUUAAAUAGGCCUAUAUCUUAUUUUUAUAUUAAUUAUAGUAAACUGCAAGAUGUAUUCUACUGUUUACCCCAUUCAUUACUCUCCAAAAUUAGCAAUGUAUUCUGUUCAUGUAAAUGUUCAAGUUUGUUCAUUCAGAAAUAAUUAUGAUUGAAGGGUUAAAAUCUUAUUAUACACCUGCAUGUGUUGGAUCACAGAAGUUUUGAGUUUAUUUUCAUUU